GGAGCGGAGCGCGGGAGGGGGUGUUGCGGGGCUGCUCCGCUCCCCUCCCUCCGCCCCUCCCGCUCCCUCAGCCCCAUGGAGGCUUUCCCGGGAGCCGCGCUGGAGCAGCACCGGCCCGUGGAGCGCCUGCAAGGCGCCCGCUUCGGCGGCGCCUGCGGGAACGUCUUCAACUCGUGGAACGACUACUUGGGGCUCGCCACGCUCAUCACCAAAGCCGUGCGGCCCGGGAAGGGCUUCGGCGCCGAACCCCCAUCGGCGGUGGCUGCGGCCGAGGAGGAGGAGGAAGAGGAGGAGGAGGAGGAGGCGGCGGGGCCGUACUUUGAGGGCGCGCUGGACUUGCACGAGCUGGACCUGUGCGGGCACCACCACCACCACCAGAGCCUGCUGGAGGAGCGCUUCGCCGAGCCCGGCAGCCGCGCCGCCGUGGUGCUGGGCUGCUCGGGGGAGCGCGGGGCCCGCGGCGGCUCCUGGGGCGGUGUGGUGGUGGCGGGGCGGCUGCCCUCGCACCCGCGCUCCCGCCUGCUCAGGCCCGAGCUGCAGGUCUGCGUCUUCUGCAGGAACAACAAGGAGGCCGUGGCCCUUUACACCACCCACAUCCUCAAGGGACCCGACGGGCGCGUCCUGUGCCCGGUGCUGCGGCGCUACACCUGCCCCCUGUGCGGGGCCAGCGGGGACAAUGCCCACACCAUUAAGUACUGCCCUCUCUCCAAGAUGCAGGCGGCCAAACAGCUCAAACACGCCCGGACAGCCCUGGGCAAGAAGGGCCGUUAGGAGCGCCCC